GAGUGUGUGUGCAUCCAUUGCAGUAGCGCGGAAUACGUUACAAAUUGUGUGUUACGCGAACGGCGAGGAAGGCGAAUCAUUCGCUUACCCUUUCAGCAACUAUUCACAAAUAAUUGGCAGUAAAUUGAAACGAUUGAUUUUGACAUUUGAUUUUGCACCGAUAACAUCAAUAACUCAAUCGACACAACACAAAAUCAAAGCUAACUGUGAAUAUAUUGUGUAAUUGCUCGACUGAGAAAAUGAAAUUGAAAUGAGACCGCAGAAUUGCCUGUCAACAGUUGGAUUUACAUAAAUUCAUCAAAAUAUAAAAAAAUCUGUCAAAGCGAAUCUAAAACCGAAAGCGAACAUACAAAUCAAAUCAAAUAAAAUUGUCAUGUACACGGUAAACAAAGGACCCAGCAAAAUUGUUGCUAAGACGCGACGCGGUCUGCCUCAAAACUUUGAAAAGUUCGAGAGCAUCAAGGAGAGCGGCAAGAAAUAUGGCAGCGUCAGCAGCAGCUUCGAUCUGAACAGUCCCGAAAAAAACAAAAACAUACCUCGCCCGGUAUUUCAACAGAGCUUCGCCUCGAAACGCAUUGCGCCCACAAAACUGAUUGAGGAUGAGGUGAUAACGCCGCAACAUGAGGAGAUAAUACGCUACAUAAAUGACUCCUGGAACAUUUUGGUCGCACAAAAUCCGUAUGAUUCGAGCACAGCAAUGCCGGAUGGCAAGGCCGAUGCAAACAACAACAACAGCAGCAGUCUGGCUACGCCAAAUCCUGUUGACAGCAUCAUGGCCGCCAACACACCUGUGUCCGCAUCGGCAGCGCCAGCUGUUUGGGUCGAGCCACCGAGUCCGGCUCUGAAUGACUUCAAGCCAUUCGAUUUGGAGUCGUGGUGGGGACGUCGUCUGUUCCACAACAUUACCAAGAGCCUGUAGACUGACUGACUGACUGAUGUUGGCACUGAUUGAUUUAUUGUUGUGUUUACGUUACGUUAGUUUAGUAGCCGGUGCUUCCGUUUCUAUAUAAAUAUUAUGUUAACAUAUAUCAUUUCGACUGGAGAACAAAUUCACAUUAGAUAUAUACAUAUAUAUAGGAUAUAUAUAUUACAUCUAAGUGAUCAUUGCAAAGGAGAAUAUCCAUUUGAUAUGGCAAUUCGAAGAGUCCUACGUAGUCUAAAUAUAAUUAAAGUUUUUUUCUGAUUGUUUUUAAGUAUAUAUUGAUAGUCACUCUCUUCUCGACCGUGUAAAUAAUAUGAUAAAAAUGAAACAAAGUUAUUGCAGGAUUCUUUCAUAUUAUACUACGAGUAACAUUGAAUAUUUAAGUUUCUGUUAUUCACGCACAUAGAUAUAUAGAUAUAUAAGAUGUUAAUAUAUGAUAGUCAUCUCUGGUCAAUUUCAAAUUGUAAAAUCUACAGCAAAAAUUCAACAAUUCUUUUAUCUUUCGAUUUAAUUGACUAACUGUUGUUAUUCGCUCAGAUCUUAAGUUUUCUAGAAAUGCACGUUAAGUUGAGCUCACAUUAGAGAUAUGUGUCAGACAAAAUGUGCAAUUAGCUUAUAAAAAUAUGAAAUAUAUAAGAUGUUAUUUUAAAAAGGAUACAUUUUGCACGCGUCAACUUUUGUAAUAUCUCCUCAAUUGUAUCUUUUAUAUAUGAUAUGUGGGUAAUAAGCACAAUACUAAAGAUAAUCAUAGAUUGUCAAUAUUAGAGUAAUUUGUAUCAAUAUUAAAGUUGCAUAAGUAAAUGCAAUUUGAAAACAA